AGGAAAUCCUGAAUAUGGCUUUAUGACCUUGUUGGAGAGUAUCAAAGCAAUCAUUGAAUUAAUUUGAAUUACAAUUGAUGUUGGGUAGCAACCCGUAGUAACCCUUAGCAACGGGUAAACAAACUCGGGUUAUAAAUACCCAGCAUUGUCAGAAUUUUCUCUAGUUCUUAAGUUUCCUUGAAUAAAGAAGUACAACAUUUGGCGACGAGAAGUAACGAAUCCAACGCUGGAGGAAGAGCUGCUGAAUCAAGAAUCAGGAUGGCAAAAUCUGGAGAAGCCCACAUUCAAGACCUCUACCAGCAAAUCCUGGACCAGAAUCGGCAGAUGGCAGAACAAAACGCUCGGAUGAUGCAGAUGAUGGAACGUUUCGGCAUUCAAGAAAACGGUUCCCAUCGGCCCACGGACAGUCCGGAAUUCAUCAUCGAAUCUCUGGCUUCCAACAUCCGGGAGUUCGUGUACGAUCCGGAGAAUGGUCUCGUUUUUGACCGUUGGUACCGGAAGUACGAAGACCUCUUCCUGAAGGACGGCGCGAAGUUGGACGAUGCUGCGAAAGUGCGAUUGCUGCUGCGGAGCCUCAGCGUGCUUGUCCACGACAAGUACGUCAAUUUCGUGCUGCCAAGCCACCCCCGGGACUACACAUUCGAGGAGACGGUGAAGAAACUGAAGGAGCUUUUCGGCGUACGGAUCUCGUUGUUCAGCAAGCGCUACCUGUGCUUCCAGUUGGCCAAGAACGACGCCGACGAUUUCCUGACGUACGCUGGAACGGUCAACAGGUGCUGCGAAGAUUUCGACCUCAACAACAUCACGGCGGAUCAAUUCAAGAGCCUGAUUUUCAUCUGCGGGUUACGAUCUUCCAAGGACGCUGACAUCCGGACGAGACUCCUUUCCAAGCUCGAGGGAAAUGUGGAAGGCGAAUGCACUCUGGAAUCACUCAUCACCGAGUGCCAACGCCUCCAAAACCUCAAACACGACACUGCCUUGGUGGAGCAGAAGAAAUCGGUGAGUACAAUUUGUGCAGUCAAGCAGCGCAAAUCCGCACCGCCCAGAUCUGGAUCCAAGGACAGGAAGAAAACGAAAGCUGAUUACCCCAAGACGCCCUGCUGGCAGUGUGGCGGAAUGCACUACGUCCGCGAUUGCAAUUACACGAAGCACGUUUGUCGGGACUGCAAGCAAACCGGCCACAAAGAGGGGUACUGUAGCUGCUACUCAUCGAAGGCUGCAGGUAAGAAGAAGACGAACGUGAACGGCGUUUUCAGCAUCAACCAGGAAGAUGGCUCCUCGAACCGGAAGUUCCUGACAGUGGACAUCGACGGAUCGCAAGCCACCCUGCAGCUGGACACCGCGUCGGACAUCACGAUCAUCUCGAAGAAGCAGUGGAGGAAGAAGCUGGGGGCACCAACGCUGACUCCCACCACACGAACGGCGAAAACGGCAUCAGGUGAUCCGUUCCGUCUACUUGGUGAACUCCGAUCGACAGUCACGCUCGGAUGUGUCACUAAAACAGCAACGUUCUACGUAACCAACAGCCCAAUCAACCUGUUCGGUCUGGACUGGAUCGAGCUAUUCGGUCUAUGGGACACCCCGUUAUCAACGAUUUGCAACCAGGUCCACGUUGCUGCUCCAACCGAUCAGAUUCAACGGUACAAAGCAGCGUUUCCUGAUGUGUUCAAGCCCGGCCUCGGACACUGCAAGAAGAUGAAGGUGCGACUUUAUCUCAAGCCCGGAGCCAGACCCGUUUUCAAGCCGAAGAGACCAGUUCCGUUCACGUCCAUGGAGAAGAUUGAAGCUGAACUGGACCGCCUCCAGUCCCUGGACAUCAUCACGCCAGUGGAAUAUUCGCCAUGGGCUGCUCCAAUUGUCGCAGUGAAGAAACCCGGAGGAAAAGUGCGAAUCUGUGCCGACUACUCAACCGGACUCAACGCUGCCUUGGAACCCAACCACUACCCGCUGCCGGUCCCGGAUGACAUCUUUAGCAAGCUCAACGGUUGCCGCUAUUUCAGCAUCAUCGAUCUCGAUGCUUACCUUCAGGUGGAAGUUGACGACGACUCCAAGCAACUCCUCACAAUCAACACGCAUCGAGGUCUCUUUCGCUUCAACCGGCUCGCACCUGGUGUGAAAUCCGCACCGGGGGCCUUCCAGCAGCUAAUGAACAGCAUGAUUGCCGACCUCGAAGGAGUGGAAUCGUUCCUGGAUGACGUCCUGAUGUUCAGCAAAACACAAGAAGAGCACCACAAGUACCUCACCGCUCUAUUCCAACGACUUCAAGCAUUUGGUUUCGUUCUGCGCGAGGAAAAAUGCAACCUUCUUCAGUUGCAGAUCAAAUACCUCGCCCACAUCGUAGAUGCCGACGGACUCCAUCCUGAUCCGUCCAAGGUGGAAGCAAUUGUCAAGAUGCCACCUCCCAAGGAUGUCACGGGUCUGCGCUCGUUCCUCGGUGCUGUAAAUUUCUAUGGUAAGUUUGUCCAGGAGAUGCACCAACUGCGGCGGCCACUCGACGCGCUGCUAAAGAAGGAUGCCAAGUUCACGUGGUCCCCCGAGUGCCAGAAGUCAUUCGAGCGAUUCAAGGAAGUGCUACAGUCGGAUCUGCUACUCACGCACUACGAUCCGGCAUUGGAAAUCAUCGUUGCGGCCGACGCGUCGCAAUAUGGAAUAGGUGCGUGCCUUCUACAUAGGUUUCCCGACGGCUCGCUCAAAGCUGUCGCCCACGCAUCCCGCUCUCUCACCCCUGCAGAGGUAAAUUAUGGACAAAUCGAAAAGGAAGGUCUUGCGUUGGUGUUUGCUGUGACGAAAUUCCAUCGCAUGCUGCUCGGACGAAAGUUUACCCUCCAGACAGAUCACCAGCCACUUAUGCGGAUUUUCGGUGACAAAAAGGGAAUUCCGGUCCAUACGGCAAACCGCCUCCAACGAUGGGCACUGACGCUUCUGUGCUACAACUUCGAAAUCGAGUAUGUCUCCACAACGAAAUUUGGAUACGCCGACGUACUCUCUCGUCUCAUCGACAGCCACGUCAAACCCGACGAGGAUUUCAUCAUCGCUGCCAUUCAACUCGAAGAUGACGUCGAGGUACCGCUUCAAGAAGCCAUCAGCUCGCUACCGGUAACAUUCAAGUCGGUGCAAGAAGCUACGUCCCGGUGCCCAUUUCUCAAGCAAGUGAUCCAGUACAUUCAGCGUGGAUGGCCCUCCAACGUGGACAGCAUCACCAGCACAGCAGUUCGGCCAUUCUUCGCCCACCGAGACGCCCUGUCGGUGGUGAAGGGCUGCAUCAUGAAGUCCAACCGUCUGGUGAUUCCGGCAAGCUUCUACCAACGAAUUCUGAAGCAACUCCACAGAGGACAUCCGGGAAUGGAGCGUAUGAAGGCUGUUGCACGUAGCCACGUGUACUGGCCAAGGAUAGACGACGACAUUGCUGACUAUGUCAAGAGGUGUGAAAGCUGCUCCAUCCACUCCAAGACGCCACCCAAGGUUCCGCUACAAUCGUGGCCACUCGCACAAUCUCCCUGGGAGCGAAUCCACAUUGACUUCGCUGGACCGCUCAACGGUCUACACUUCCUGGUAGUUGUGGACGCUUUCUCCAAGAAGAACGGUGUUCAGCAUUUCCGUAUCUCGCCGUACCACCCGCAGUCCAAUGGCCAGGCGGAAAGGUUUGUGGACACCUUGAAGAGGUCGUUACGCAAAAUCAACGAGGGGGAGAACAUCUCCGAAACGCUCCAGACUUUCCUCCAGGUAUAUAGGACUACCCCCAGUCGUGUCCUAAACGGAAGGACACCUUCGCAGCAGAUGCUUGGUCGGAACAUCAAGACAGUUCUGCAUCUCCUACACCACGAUCAACCGAAGCCCGUGGUCCGCAAUCAUCACCAGGACGAGCAGUUCAAUCGCAAACAUGGUGCGGUUCCAAGUGAAUUCAAGAAAGGUGACGAGGUCUACGCCAAGGUCUACACGAGCAACACGAAGUGGCAGUGGGCUUCCGGCGUAAUCAUCGAAGUCAUCGGACGUGUCAAUCACAAUGUGCUCUUGGACGACUGGCACGGACGGAAGAAGCUCAUCCGAAGUCACUCCAACCAACUCAAAUUCCGUUACAGCGAAGAGGCUUCCAUUGAAGAAGAUUCGACGCCGCUAGGAAUUCUGGUGGACAUGUUUGGCCUGCAAUCCACAAGACCACCAGCGCCUGAAAUUCGUCAAGUUCGACCACAAUCCGAAGCAGCUGCCAACCCGGCAGCCGAUGAGGAAUCUGAAGAAGAUGAAGUAGUUUCGGCUCAUUCCGGGCAAACUCAUUCCGACGUAGAAGCAAGUCAAUCCGACUCGCAGCAGGAUGAAGAUGACCAGCAACCAACCGGUUCCAUUCCAGAGCCUCCUUCGGUUCGGCCUCAGAGGAUGAUCCGUAUGCCUUCAAGAUUCGAGCCGUACCUGUUCUGGAAAUAA